AUGUCUCUAAGCCGCCAGUCUCUCUCGCCUACUGCAAAUCUUCUUCGAAAUUCUCGCCUGUUCUCGCUGCCGAACCCGCUCCCACGGCCGCCUGUUAGCGAAACCUAUGGCGCGGGCAUCUCCAAGGCCUCCGACACCGCCACGCUUCCAUACCCGACCCACCAAGCCAUUGCGACAACAAAGUCCUCGUUAGCACGUGGUGACUGGGGUCUCAAGCGGCCAAUCCCAUCGAGGAGUCACAUAGUUCAAACGAGCGACCCAGUACUGAGGAUCACUCAACUUGAUACUAUCGAACAUGUUACAGACUUCGACUCAGCGGCAGACCAUGUGCGGACUAGGCAAAAAUGGGAGGAGAUGGGUAUGCCCAUGAUGAAGAGCACGUCGAGAAUCACGAACGAACCACCACUUGGAGCCUUUGAGGUCCGGGAUGAUACUACGAGUUACGAUACCGAGAUGGGACUAGAUGAGGCUGGAUUGUACUUGCAGGCACUCAAGAAGAGUAUGCCAGCACAGCGAGCCAAGGCCCAGCGGGAAGCUUUCAACGCUACCUGGAGAGAAAAAUGGCAAUCGAAACUCGCAAGCUUCAAGGCACGUGGAUGGGCUGAUAACCUUGUCGAAUUUGAGGCUUUCCGAAAAGAAGCGUCUAAAGGAGGAUCAGAGACGAAGCCCUGGUUAGAUGAAUUCAACGCCUUCGAGAACGAGCGGAAGGAAGCAAAGAAAGCACUGAAGGAGCAAAUGGCAGCAGCAUCAUUUACACCUUUCAGACCGCCUGUGGAUUUAGCCGUUCGCAACACCAGGCGGUGGAAGCACGAUGGCCCUUGGCUCCCUGGCAUGAGCGCCGAAGAAUUUGUCUCUUACCUCAACAAACAGAUUACACGCCGCAAGAAGGAGUUCAAUGAGUACCUGGUUGAGUACGUCAAGAACGAGAUCUACGCCACCCGCCGACUUGCCGCCACAAAUUCUGGUGAGGUCCCGCCAACUGAUGCCCAAGAAGCUGAGGCAUGGCACGAGCAACGGGAGAAUGCCUGGCGCCAAAUCACGCAACCUCAGAUUGAAGCUGGCAUCAGGGCGCUACGAAGAGAGGCUGCGAAGGAUCCAUUGAGUAGCAAGCUCGUCAGCAAGUUGAUAGUCCCCUUUUUGAGGAUACCAACCAUGAAGCUCAAGAACACAACCUUCAAGGAAGACGCCUCCAAGCGCGACAUUGAAAUGUUCCAAUUCGAACAAGAGACCGCACCACUCUCCACCCACCCUUCAGCUGGACUCGGCUACCUUCGCCACUACUCCUACAUCGCCAACCACCCCAUUCUCGGUCCUCAAGCCAAGCCCACUCCCAUACCAGCCCGUCUCAUGCAAGCAAGACGCACAGGUACAUCGAACGAGCUUUACGCCCGCUUCGGAGUUGGAGGCUUUGUGGCAAACGAUCAAUUCAAGGGCAUAGACUACUCACCUGUCAAUCGCAACGCCAGCAUGGCCAACGCCAGAGACGUCGAGACAAUUGAUGUCGAUACACCUGGUGGCAAGAAGAUCAUGGUGCAACCUAGAUACGCCAGCGUUACGAACGAUGGUCGUAUUCACAUCAAACUUGACCGUGCUACGGGCCCUGAAGUCAUGAUCGCGAGAGGUGAACUCGAUGACAAGCCACCUAUUAGGGCUAACAUCGAUAACGGUGACCUAGAGAACAUAGUCAGUGGAUUGGGAAAGAGUGGGGUCAAGGAAUUGGAUGAGAUGAGUGAGAAAGGUCAGCAGUUGAGUGAGUUUUUGCAGCGCGAGGCCCCUCAAGGACGUGCGAAGCCCGCAAAGGGUUUCCCUGGAAUGGCUGAGGCGUUGAGAUAA